AUGCAAAGCUAUAUAUACACAUACAGAGAGAAAUCAUCACAAGAUCAUCACACAGCCAGUCAAACACACGAACAAGCACAUAAGCAAGAACUCACAGUUUCCUGCAGACUAGAAAGAAGUUCACCUACUACGGUACAGCUAAGUUCGUCAGUUUUCCAGGGGCAUCCUCCAUCAACAGAUAUAGGUAUGGCACCAGCUCCAGCUAUCGCUGUGGCGUUGCUCACGUUCGCCUGCUGUGGGCUGGCCGUGGCCGCGGAGAACGCACCGAUCAAGUGGCUGAGGGCGAACGCGACGUUCUACGGCGGCGCUGACGCCGCUGGCACCAUGGGCGGAGCGUGCGGGUACGACAACCUCUACUCGGCGGGGUAUGGAACGCGGACGGCGGCGCUGAGCACGGUGCUGUUCGACGACGGCGCCUCGUGCGGGCAAUGCUACAAGAUCGCCUGCGACCGCAAGCGGGCGGACCCAGCCUUCUGCAAACCCGGAGUUACGGUGACGAUCACAGCCACGAAUCUAUGCCCUCCUAACGAUGCGCUCCCCAACGACAACGGCGGAUGGUGCAACCUUCCGAGGCCGCACUUCGACAUGGCGCAACCGGCAUGGGAGAAGAUUGGCGUCUAUAAGGGUGGCAUCAUCCCCGUAAUGUACCAGAGGGUUUCAUGCGUGAAGAAGGGCGGGGUGCGGUUCAGGAUGCUUGGACACGAUUACUUCAACCUAGUUACUGUGAUGAACGUUGCGGGUGCCGGUUCGAUCAAGUCCAUGGAUAUCAAAAGCUCCGAUUCAAAUGACUGGUUGCCGAUGUCCCGUAAUUGGGGCGCAAACUGGCAGUCUGGAACAUAUCUCACCGGGAAAAUGCUCUCUUUCAGAGUUACUAUCACGGAUGGGCAGACGAUUGAGUUCAAAAAUGUCGUGACGGGUGGAUGGAAGUUUGGACAGACAUUCGCGAGCAAAUUGCAGUUCAAGUGAUCACUCUCAACAGAUAAAUUUAGGAUGUAAAGGCUGAAUAUAAUUUAUUGGUGUGUGGUGCUUGAUAACAUUUAUUAAUUAAGCACCAUUUGUGUAUAUACGUGUAUCGAAAAAUUGGUCAGGGCACUAUGAACAUGACAAAUUGUUUUACAUGUUUAAUCGGUUGUAUAUAUUGUGGUUUAUUAACUUGUAUAUAUGAUGUAUAUAAAAUGAGACCGAUACCAGAGUUGCCUCCAAUUUUCACUUUCAUAUACUUGUGUAAUUUGACAAUGUACUAGAAGGAUCUGGAGGUAAGUAAUUGGGUUUGUAUCCGAAGAGAAUGAACAAGUGUCAACGAAACAACAUCUGAGUAGCGAAAGGUACUAGCAUGUAAGCAAAUUAAGAAUUAAGGCG